AUGUUGUAUCUUGUGGGAUUGGGUCUGGCAGACGAAAAGGACAUUACUGUCCGAGGCCUGGAGGUUGUCAGAAAUGCCGAAAGGGUCUACCUGGAAGCAUACACGAGCAUCCUUCUCGUUGAUAAAGAGAAACUAGAAGCCUUUUAUGGACGGCCUGUCAUUGUCGCCGACCGCGAAUUAGUUGAAAGUGGCAGCGACGAAAUUCUCAAUGGCGCCAAGGACGUGGACGUCGCUUUUCUUGUCGUCGGUGAUCCAUUUGGGGCGACCACGCAUACGGAUUUAGUCCUGCGGGCUCGCGAACUCGGCAUUCCCACCAAAACGAUUCCUAAUGCCUCGAUCAUGUCGGCGAUUGGCUGCACCGGCUUGCAGCUAUACAACUUCGGCCAGACGGUGAGCAUGGUGUUCUUCACGGAGACGUGGAAACCGUCCUCCUACUACGACCGCAUCAAGGAGAAUGUCAAAAUGGGAUUGCAUACGCUCGUUCUGCUGGAUAUUAAGGUCAAGGAACCAUUGCUUGAGAAUUUAGCGCGGGGAAGAAAGAUAUACGAGCCUCCACGAUUUAUGACUGUUGCGCAAUGCGCACGUCAGAUGUUGGAGACUGAGGAAGAAAGGAAGGAGGGUGUCUAUGGGCCUGACAGUCUGGCGAUAGGCGCUGCACGAGUAGGAGCGCCAGACCAGAAGUUGAUCGCUGGGACUCUGAAGGAACUGACAGAGGUAGACAUGGGAAGCCCUCUUCACAGCCUGGUGCUCCUGGGAAAAAGAACCCACGACAUGGAAAAGGAUUACAUUGAAGAAUUUGCUCUGAAUAAGGAGACAUUUAACGCUGCCUGGAAGAAAGGAUACACAGCAGCCUCAUAG